CCCGAAUUUACCCCUGUCCGCCCCCCUGGCCCCCGGUCAAAUCUCGACACGCUACCACGCGCUACGGCCCGAUUCGUCCUCGACGUACUCCCAAUGCAGUCCAUGCUCUCUCGACGUUGUCAUUGGUUGGCCAUAUCUCGGCGCGCUCAGCUAUCGUCGAGACGCGUUCCUGCCCCCGACUGCCUCAGUCUUCCCCCCGCAAAGAACAGAAAGAAACUGGGUAACUACUCAGUGCCUCGGUCGCGGCCCCCCCGGUCAAGACGUCAGGAUAUAUACCGUCCGCCGCGGCAGCUUAACCUGUUUCUUUCUCCUUAUUUUAUUCCAUCUGUCUGUGAUGUAUGAUGGGUGAUCAUCCAGCGUCGUCCCUGCCGCCGCGCUGGUGUCGUUGGCCUCAGCGGGAACUCGACCUCCGUCUGGCGGAACUAGGCCUGGUCAUCAAUGCGCCCGAGCCCGCCGUGAUCUGCCGCCCGUGCGGCUAUGCCUUGCAGCCAAACGGCGAAUGCGUGACACGGCAUCUCGCCGACAAGCACAGCAUCCAGAAGGGGUUGCGACACGGCUUAACCUCGUACAUCCACUCCCUCUUCAACUGACCCAACCAUCCACUCCCUCUUGCUCUGUUUCCCUGUCAAAGGCGGGGUACGGGGCCGCCCAGGCCCUGUAGCGUGAGCGUAGGCGUCAGCCGCAGCGAAUCGUUCAACCAAGAGCCGCAACCCAGCACGUAGAUGGUCGUUCAGACCCAAAGACUUUUCUUUGUUUUUCUUUCUGCCUACGUCCAACGAUCAGUUGACUAAGCGACAGCUGCCGACACUUGUUGUCGGUUGCCCAGGAAGUGGGCCUUGCGUGAGCGAUGCGACCAAUAGAGAGCAUUCAACC